AUGGUAACAAAAUCAGGGGUAAGUAAACGUUCUCAAUUGAUACGAAAUGAAAGGAGGAACAGUAUUGGCCAUCUUUUUGUUUUGUUUUAUAAAGAUUUUUGUGAAAUUGAAAUAUCCAUUCUCAUUUGGUUGGUGAAGCAGGACUUUCUCAAUGUUUUUACUCUCACUUUCAGCUGCUUGCCUUCAGACUUGGAGGGAGCAGUCAGGCAAUCUGGUGAAGCUGCUGGUUUGUUUGUGUCUUCAGGAGGACUAAGAGCAAUAGUUGAGCUCCUUAUCCCCCAGCUACAGUUUCUGGACGAUGAAGGUGCUCAAGCUGAACUCUGGGAACUGUCCAGAGUUUUCUUGGAGUCAGUCAUUGAGGAAACAAAAUGUGAGAAAGUUAAAGCUGUGUUUCCAGAUGCUGGGGCCGCUGCACUUCUUGAAUAUCGAUGGAAAGAUGCUUCCUUCAAAAUUUCCAGCUUAAGCGACCGAAAACCUGUAGAUACUGCAGAUGAGAUAGUUGUCAUGGUUGUUCCUGAUUACCAAAUGUUGGAAAAUGUGGAGAAAAUAGCAGCUGCCCUCUCGGAUGAUCCGCCAAGGCCUCUUAUCAUGUGGAAUCCCCGUCUCAUCAGCGAAGAUGUAGGGGUCGGAUUUAACGUUCGAAAAUUGAGAAGAUACUUUUUAAGCACAUUUACAACAGUCUACUCCAUGAGGCCUUUGCCAUCUGGUGCUGUAUUUAGAGCUUAUCCUGGGUUGUGGAAAGUGUUCUUUGAUGAUAAAGAUAGGCCAGGCAGAUAUUUGCUUGCCAAAGAAUUAAUAAGCCGUCCGGAUGCUGGAGACCUCGAGGUCAGUUACCUAAGAAAAUAACAUAUGAGAAAUUAUCAUCAUACUAUUA